AUGCCGGAAUUAGAAUUACCCCUAAAACAGAAGAUGAUUCUCGAAAACUUUCUAAAAGAAAAAGAAAUAGCACACCAUACUUUUCCAUUCCCUGGAGAAAGAAAUAUUCACGCGGUCCUUAGGGGAGUACCAAAAACUGCGGAGGAAUGUGAAGCGAAAGAAGAGCUCGUAUCAAGGGGAUAUAACCCGCUUCAUAUGAUUCGCUUAAAAAGUAAUGGCUGGAGACCCAUGCCUGUUAUAAUUGUGGUAAUGCCGAAGGUAGCAAAGGUGCAACAAACUUCUGAACAAAUCGGUCAGUACCAUCGCUGUCAGAGAUAUGGUCACUCCCAGUCGUAUUGUACGGCACCUCCCAGCAACCAGGCAAGGUUCCGAGCUGUUAAGUUCUUCGGUGAAGCAGUUUGGAAAGCAAGAAAUACUUUUUGUGCUUUGAUAAUCGGAGGGACGGAAAAUGUUAAGGAUGGUUCGAUAGAGUUUGAAGAAUUUAUCAGAGCCCUAUCAGUCACGUCGAGGGGCAAUCUCGACGAAAAAUUACACUAUAUGUAUGAACCGUUUUUUGAUGAUCCUGUUAAAACAUACGAGUAUUACAAUUUUCUGCCUGAUGCUCGAGAUGAUUUAAAAGAUAACGAUCGUGUUGUGGUCUUGCCUCCAGACGCGCGUUAUUUGACUGACGAGGAGAGAUUGGACGAAAAGCAACUGAUGGCAAAUGGAAUGCCACAAGAUGUUUCUGGUCGUUUAUAGCUGUUUCGCCAAAGUUCAGCUAAUGACGAGUUCUGAAGCAGCGACGAAGAGCAUUUGAGUGAAGUGCGAAAACGUAUACAAAUACCUAAAUAAAUCUAAACACGAUGACUUGGACUGGGAGAAAUGCAAUCCUGAAUAUUCCAUUUGGUCUGAGCCGCCACCGUUAUGUGAAUUGAAUGCCAAUAGGGAUAAACUAGUGGAAGAGAUAAAGGAUUUAAAUACAACUAUUUGAACUUUUCUUUGAUGAUAUGGUUUUGCGGCAUAUUGUCGAUCAGUCCAUGUUAUAUGCAUCUCAAAAUACUCGACACCAAAGAAGAGAUGAGAUCCUUCAUAAAUUCGGACAUUUUCCUGCGAAACCAGAGAAGCAAUUACAAUGUAUAGUACAGUAUGCCAUUCAAUGGUUCGUCAACACUACGUAUUGAACGUGCCUGCUUCAAGUUAAAUCAUACAAAAUAAACGGUUUCGCCCUUUGUACUCAAAUGAGUACAGAUAUUUUUUUGGUAAAAAUAAUAAAAU